AUGUCAGCCAGUCGCAUGACUCACCUUGUUAAGGAUCUCGCAGGUUAUGCUCCAUGGGGUGGCCCCAGUGUUUUGCUGGUCGGUUGGAUGGCUUGGCCCGCACUAUCACCCGCAUUUAAGGAGGAGACGCUAGGCCUCAAGCCUACGAAUGUGACGUUAACUUCCGUCUCUGCUGGACCUCAGAAGGAAACGUUUCGUGGCAAGUACAAAUACGUCAAGAGUGAGAUCGGCGAGGCUCCGACGUUGGAAGAAGACUGA